UCUAAUUAUCAAUUAAUUAUUUUUUUUUCUAUUAAUGAUUGAAAUUAAAGAAUUAUUACUUAUUUUACCUAAUUCCAAUGAUAUCAUAAAUCUUACUGAUGAAGGAACAGAAGUACGAUAUAUUUUGCAUGAAACCACAAAAUUAUUCGAAGCAAGACAAUAUGAAACCGAAGAAUUCAAAUCAAAAAAUUAUUGUAAUUUAAGCUUUUUAAUUGAAAGUUUAAUUGAAAAGAAAUGGGAAGAAAUAAAUACUGGUCAUUUUAGUGAAGUACCAAUAAAAACAAGAAAUAUUUAUUCUUUAGCCUCUUAUUUUACGAUUAUUUUCAAUUUAUUAAAUGAGAAUGCGAAUAUUGAAAAAUGUCGUGAAUAUUUAGACAAAGCUAUACUAAUUGGAUGUACUGAAAAUUUAUAUGAAAAGAAUGAUGAAUUCUUAAAAGCUUUAUCAAUUUAUUUAGAUCAACAUGCAGAUUCAAUUGAAGAUUUAAAUUUUUGUAUAAUAGAACCAAUUAAAUUUGAAGAAUUUCCAUGUGAUAUUUCAAUUAUAGAUUCACCAACAAUUAUUGAUUUUUAUGAAAAAUAUUUUUUAUUAAAGAAACCAGUAUUAAUACGUAAUAUAAUUAAUCAUUGGCCAGCCAUAAAUAAAUGGCGUAAUUUAAAUUAUUUAUUAAAAAUUGCUGGAAAUCGUCAUGUACCAAUUGAAAUUGGUAAACAAUAUACAUCAGAAAAUUGGUCACAAAAAUUAACUAAAAUGAAAGAUUUUUUAAUGAGGCAAUUUGUACCAAAAUCAGAAAAUACAAAUAGUAAUGAUGAUGAUGAAAAUUAUCCAGAAAUUGAAUAUUUAGCACAACAUGAAUUAUUUGAUCAAAUACCAGAAUUAAAAGAAGAUAUAAGAAUACCAGAUUAUUGUUUUUGUAUUGAUAAUAAAACUAAUUCAACAACAAAUUCAGAAGAAUCUACAACAACCGAUGGUAUUAGAUUAAAUAAAAAUAAUGAUAUUGAUAUAAAAGCAUGGUUUGGACCAGAAAAUACAAUAUCACCAAUGCAUAAUGAUCCAAAAAAUAAUAUUUUAUGUCAAGUAUUUGGUAGAAAGAAAAUUAUUUUAGCAUCACCAUUAUAUAAUGAUUUUUUAUAUUCACAUGAAACGAAAAUGUUAAAUAAUACAUCAAAAAUUGAUGCAGAAAAUUUAGAUUUUGAAAAAUUUCCAUUACUUUCAAAUGUAAAAUUUUUACAUUUAGUUUUACAAGAAGGUGAAUGUUUAUAUUUACCACCGAAAUGGUGGCAUUUUGUAAAAUCAUUAAAUAAAAGUUUUUCAGUAAGUUUUUGGUGGGAAUAA